AUGUGGAACUACACAAAACAAUAUCUAGAAAACGCUUAUUACCACUGUCAGCAUUAUUUGGUACGAAAAGGUUUACAUUGGUUCGAAAAAGUGUUUUGGGCCAUAUGGGUCACUUUGGCACUGGUCGGAGCCAUUUUCGUCGUUUAUCAGUCGGUCGAAAACUUUUACUCUACCAAGGCAUCGAUCAGCGUCAAAACGAAUUACUUGGACCUGGUGUCACCGUUUCCGGCCAUAUUUUUCUGCGAAAAACGAGACAUGUCUGGAAAAGUUGAAAUAAUGCUUAAAGGCCUUAAUUUUUCAGUCACCACUGAGUUUGCCAACAUAGGGAACUUUGCUCGCCACGUAACGUUCAUUCAACCUUCCUCGAGCAACCCUUUACUGAACGACUGCGAGGAUGAAAGCAAUGAAUUUUGUGUUUUUACCAUGACUUAUUACAAUAACUUGUCGGUAUUUGAGAAAUAUCUUAGGUCUACCUGUGCGGAAAUAUUCACCUCUUGCCUCCAUAACGGUCAAGAAUUCGAUUGUUGCGAGCAUUUUCUACCUGUGGAUACUUUUCAGGGCACCUGUUAUGCCAUUAAUAGUUUUAAUGCCAUUAUGCAAAACAAGCUGAAUUACAGCAUUCAUAACACACCCGGGCAUGAAAAAGAACAUCGAAAAACGGCAAUAAAACAGAAAGAAAAUAACAUCGCGGACGUUAAUAAAGUAUUAACGUUCAUGCUAAAACACGGUCCAGGUAAUGAUCCGGUUAAUCUAUCGGUGGAAGUGGCACAUCCCGAUCUCAGUUUCUGGUACUUAGGGAACACCAAUAUCCCGUCCAAAAUAUACCAAAAAGAGAACUACGUCGACCCGGAAAAUGUUGAUAAUUUAAUGAAAAUCCCCGCGGUGGAUAUUUAUUUAAGGGUCGAAGAAGUAUCCGUCGAUCACUCGGUGUAUUCCCUCGAGGAAAAACUGAGAAAUUGUAACUUUUGGAGUGAGCACCACAGGCUCAAAGGGAUCCGGAUCUAUUCGAACACCGCGUGUGAGAUCGAGUGUCUCCGCGAGGCCCAGAUGAGGUAUUGCGGUUGUAUGUUGCACAUACUACCAAACCAAAAAGGACUCGAGGAUCGACACUGUAACAUAUCGGGGAUAAGGUGCACGAUGAACGGACAAUCGAAAGAAAGAAUAUCCGAUUUUCUCACAUAUAAAUGCGACUGUAUCACGAACUGCGUCACGUUGUUCGCUUAUAUGGUCGGUUAUGUACCGCACGAAGAUGUACGUUUCAGAAAUAAUCGUACAACAAAGACGUACAACUUCAUAGUACGAGCCCCGACAAUAUCGUACAUCCGACAAGCCAAAAGUGAAAUCUUGGACUUCAUUGUAUCCAUCGGUGGCGCCAUCUCGCUCUUCAUCGGAUGCAGUUUCCUCAGCAUCAGUCAGCUGAUUUACUAUUUCCUGAUAAAACCGGCGGGGGAGUAUUUCACGCAUAAAAACGCCCGUUGAGUUACACGUUUUUCUUUUUAUUUAAAAAUUAAAUUUAUAAUAAUUUAGGUAAUAUAAGGCCCUAUAUAUUACAAAGCUUGAUACGAUAAUAUUUGAACAUAAAAUAUAAUUUCUAAGAUCCA